UUACUAUUACAAUGGCAACUGCAGUCAAACCUCAUUGACUGCUUGAAUGAGGAGAGAACCAGAUUCAUAUUGAAUGUUCAAUGUAACCAGUAAUUAAUAACUCUACUGCGUCCUCUUUGAUUCCUUGAUUUUUCCAACAGUAAAUUUGUUUUAAAUUUACAACAGUAAAUUUGCUGCAGAUAAGGCAGACUUUAGUCUUGUACAACAGUAAACUUGUUUUCCUUUUUCGUAUUGUUCCUUUCACUCUUCUGCUCCCCUACUGCAUCUCUCUCUCUCUCUCUCUCUCUCUCUCUCUCACUCUCUCUCUCUCUCUCUCUUUCUCUCUCACAGACCACACCACCAUUUAUUCACCUCCUGUUCCUCCCUUCCUUUUAUCCAACCCCUACACAGAUUUAACCCUAAACCUCUUCUCUCUCUCUCUCUCUCUCUCUCUCUCUCUCUUUCAGAGUUAAUUUGUUGCUUCUUGGGUCUCUACUGUUUUUUUUUUAAAUUUUCAUUUUGAAGGCUUCUGUUUGAAUUUGGUGGAUGACUUCAUGGUGACAGGAAGGGAAUUUUCACCACCAUGAAUAAUCCACUUAAUCUUCUCUUCAAAGCCACCAGAGCCAUUAUGCUUCUGCAUUUUCUUCUUCUCUCUCCAGCCUCUUGUUUUAGCACUCAUUCUCUCCGGGACCUUUUAUUUGAGGAGAAAACCAGGCUGGGAUCCACGCCGCCCAGCUGCCACAACAAGUGCAACCAGUGCCAUCCAUGCAUGGCGGUCCAGGUGCCUACAAUACCCAGCCACGAUCGGGUCGAACCGGGCAUGACCCGAUCCUUCCCAAUGAUGUUCUUCGACCCAUCUCAUCCGGGUACCAACAACAAGUACUCCAAUUACAAGCCUCUGGGUUGGAAAUGCCACUGUGGUGAUCACUUCUUCAACCCUUGAGCUAGUUCAAGUUCCAUGGGGAAAUUUCAUGUCAAAAUGGAGCUGGGUUUCGUUUAGAUUUGUAAACUACAAUUGAUUUGUGAUUUUUCAGUUGUGAUUUGGGAUUUUGUAAUUUUGUUUCAGGGGAGAGGGCAUUAAUUCUUUAUAAACAAACAGGAGAAAAACUUGUAUAUCACGGAAAUAACAGUGUUUUGUUAUUUUCAAUAAAUUUUGUUUCGACGCGUGUGAUAAUUUUUUCACACAAUAAAACAUAAAGAUUUGAAAAUAGCAAAACAAUGUUAUCUCAUAUACACGUUCUUAUCCACAAACAAGCUUGUUGUCACCAUUAAAUCUCUACACUUAGAUAUAUACAAUGUGCAUAAAUUUGUAACAAACUUCUGAAUCCUGAUAUUGCUUUUGGCCUGCUUUCAUUUCUGUGAUGAGCUUUUCUUGUCUUCUUUUCUUUUUUUUUUUCUUUUCUAAAUUCAAUUAUUCUGUAUUGGUCCUUCUAUUUGACUGUGGAAAAAUAAUUAAUUUGGCAUUAUUACAAAUGUCACCCAGAUAUUUUUAUAUAUAUAAAUAAUAGUAAAAAAUUAAAUUAAUUUAUAAGUAAAAGGAAUUCAAAAUGACA